ACCAGUUGCUGUACAUGCAUCUGAAAUAAUGAUGAUUAAAAGAUAAGCUAUGACAUCGUGCUAGGGGUGACUGAACGAUAUGCGACGUCUGCUGAACCGUACAAUCAAUCUACAAUCAAUAUAUACAAUAUACAAUCUAUAGGAGAUAAGAAAUCUCAGACUGCAGGACUUUAUCCUAGUUGGAAUAUACGUCAGAUCGAACUGAACCUUCGUACAAUGAAGACCGCAUGGGCGACAAAUAAAACUUAUCGAUAUUAGCAAAUUGAUCCGCCACGAUGGCUGUUUGGCUGCACGUCGCUUUAGCCAUCGCAGCGCUGCACUCGGCCACUUCUGUCCAUGCAGGAGCGCAGGACAGCACCCGCGUGACAUACCGCGCGGCGGCCGCGCAGUUCGCGCCCUACGACGACUGGGCGGGCGGGGGGGCGAAGGGUAUCCUGGAUACCAACUUGCGCACCAUCGCCGCGCUCGCCCGCAACGCCUCCGCGCAGGGUGCAGACAUAAUCGUGUUCCCGGAGUACGGCCUCACGAGUACAAAUCUCGGCGCCAACAGAAGUCAACUCCGCGAGCUGUGCCAGGUGCUGCCUGAGCCUGGGGACGCGAGGGUGCCCUGCGCUGAACACAGUCUCGACCCUAAUUCUGAAAUGGUUCAAUCGUUGAGCUGCCUCGCUCUGGAGUUGGAUAUUUACAUUGUGGUGGAUUUGGCAGAACUUGUACCUCAAGCGAACUCCUCGAACGAAAUAUCCGGACAAAAUUCCUACUUUAAUAAGAAAGAUGAGCAAAUAAUGCAAGGAAUAAAGGGUGAAAAUCAACGACAGAAAUUUUAUGCUACAGAAACCAUAGCAAGUGAAGAGGAUUUUGAGGCGUAUAACACGCAGGUCGUCUUCGACAGAAGAGGAUCCGUGGUGGCCAGGUACAGGAAGAAGCACCUCUUCUUCGAAUCUGAUUUCGUGGCGGGCAACGAAAGCGAUGAUACGGCGCUCUUCGUGACUGACUUCGGGGUGACGUUUAGUCUGCAAGUGUGUUUCGACAUCAUGUACGAGUCGCCGGCGCAGUUCAACAUCGUGACGAAGGGCGUGAGAGACGUGGCUAUGAGUACGGCUUGGAUAGACGAGCUACCUUUCCUCACAGCGCCGCAGAUCUUCAGGAGUUUCUCGCUUGGCCUCGCGUCGAACUUGAUCGUGUCGAACCUCUACCGCCCCGCUGCUGGCAUGCUCGGGUCCGGCAUCUUCCACGGGGACCACAACGACGGCGAGAAAUACACGUACGACGUGGACAUCUCAUUGCCGACGCUCCUGGUGGACGAUGUGACGACGCUGGUAGACGCCGAACUGAUGGCAGACUUUCAGUUGAAGGAGAAGAUUCUGAGUGACAAGGUGGUGGGGGAAAUGUCCAAGUUCCUCUCCAGUGGAGAUGACAACAUUAGUAUGGAUUUUGAGGGGACAUCACUUGCGGGGCUGUUGAAUGAAAAUUUUGCUGGAGACAUAGCAGGUUUUCUUAAUAGUUCCAAACACCUGUUCGAUAGUGAGAAUAAUGUCGAGGUUGUGUUAGAAUCGAUGUUUAAAGAUGUUCGUCAAAUAGUAGAAUGGGAUAGGUUCAGUCAAAGAUUACGAUGUUCAAAAGUUUGUCAGAGCGUUAGGUCACUACUGAAGCAUGUCGACAAAUGUGGCAACAAUUCAAUUCAUGACAUUAGCAACAAUAUAUCUAUAAGCCUCUCUUCAAUCAGUGAAGUAUUACGAAAUAAAACCAAUACUCCAUACUGUUUAGAAGAUGAAUACUUGAGAGAUCAAAGCCCAGACACACAGGGUGACAUACCCACUAUGGAUUGCAAAAGCGAGUCUCCACAAUACAUUAUACACGAAAACAUAUCAAUGUACUCGCACGGUUCUCUACCCUUAAGCGAUUUACCAGCAGUUUCGUCGCUUAAGGUUUGCGAUGGCACAUUUUGCUGCGAAGUUUGGUAUUCAUACCCUGUUGCGCAAGUUGAUGAUGGAAUCGUUACAAAUCAAUCUCAGUACAUGCUUCUUGUAUACAAUGGGACGGUAGGUAAAGGCUCUGGCACAUACUUGAUGUGGACUCAGACUUGUGGAGUUGUUUUUUGUUUAAACCAAACUGACGUGAACUCUUGCGCGGCGGUAGAUGAGCCUCAUCCUGAAAUUUAUUCAAGUUUCAGGCUGUUAAAUAUCACCGGAAACUUCGACACAAACUUUGUGUAUCCAAGCGUCUUCAACUUGAAUUUUGAAUUGGUGGAUCACUCAUUUUGGUCGUUCAAAAGCCGACCGUAUGAGUUAAUCGUUAACGCUGAUGUUGAAAAUAUAUUAACUGCCGUAUUGUUCGGAAGAGAUUAUAAAAUGGACCCAUAAGUAUUAUCCGAAUAAUAUUUCCUAAUUGAAUUCUUGUUAUGAUAAUUUUAUCUAAGGUGUAAUUUUUUUAAAGGAUGAAGGAAUACUUGUUAAAUCAGAGUAUCCAAGUUGUAGUUUAAAAAAAACGAUAUUGCAAACGUCAAUAAUCAAUAAUAAUAUGGGUUGUCGACGCUGUGGCCCAAGUAUGAAUACCGUUACUCAGGUUAAAAAUGUGUUGAUCACUUUCGAUCAUGCGUUUCAGUAGAAGUUGCAUCAAGAACGUCCGUAUCAUGUUUUUUGAAGACAGGGAGAUGCUAAAAUAAUUUUUUUAUCGAACUUUUGGUGUUUUUUAUAUCUUUUGUGACUUGACUCGGGCGAAACUAAAAUUUGGAGCAAGAUUUAAUCCCGAGACAUUACUGUUAUUUUACGCAGGUAGGGAAUUACAAGAUUUUCCCG